AUGGGAUCUGAUCAUAGCAAGAAGCCUCAAUCAAUCCUCCCUUCCUCUUUCCAAUCUCUUCCCUAUGAGAUCCGCGAACAAAUAUGGCUAUAUACCCUCCUUCCUCGACUGAUAUACAUCCAUCCACAUCAACGUCUCGAACCCCAUCCUUAUGAUCACGAAAGUAACGAACUGGUUGAUGGCCUCCGGAUGACGGCAUCUGUACGGUUCAACCAUUCUCUCCAUACUACAUCUUCCACACCCGCGGAGGCUUUUGCUUCGUAUGCAUCUUUCGUGGUCCCCGAUCCGCACUAUGUUGGUAGAAUGGAUGGGGAAUUUCUGAACUACGAACACAAAUUGGCGGUACAGCCUUUGGCCUGGAGAGGGGGACAGGCUCCGCCAGCUCUGCACGUCUGCGGAGAGAGCAGAGCGAUUGCCUUGAGGAAGGGAUACGUUCUGGCUUUCAAGGGAGUAGACCUACGGCUAGAGGAAGAAGAUAAGGAAUACUGGAAGAAUAACCACUUGAGCGACAAAGGAAUUUGGGUCAAUUUCAGCACUGACCUGAUCAUGCUCGAUGCAUUGUAUCGCUCCAGGAUGUAUCCUAAAUGGGCCCCGCUACAACCUCUGGUCGUGCUGAACAAAUGGGCCCCAGAGGAUGUGAAAAGAAUAAGAUACCUCGCUCUAGGUGGGAAUCCCGGCAUGGUCCUGAGCGCACUUAGAGGAAACUGUGUACCAGUCCCCCACGGACCAAGAUGGAGAACAGAGUGGCAAUGGUGGGUGAGCUUGGGUUAUGAUAAUCUGGAGGAGAUAUGGAUCGACGAUGAGUUCGAGGUCACACAAAAAGAAAAAUACUACGAGGUGUCUUGGCGUGAUUGGGAGUGCCAGAAGGGGGCGGCUGAGCAAUGCAUUAGAGCGAUCAGCAUGGGAAGGUCGAAGCUUCCCCAUUGGACUUCUCCAUUGCCUGAAGUGAAGGUCGUUCGGGGAAAGGACUGGCGUGUAUAUUUCGGGGAUUGA